AUGGCUGUCUUUGGCAUGGUCUCGGCCGUGUCCGGCUUCAUCAAGAUCCGAUAUCUGCUGGACAAGGCGGUCAUCGAUAAUAUGGUGUUCCGCUGCCACUACAGGAUCACCACAGCCAUACUCUUCACCUGUUGCAUCAUUGUUACGGCCAACAAUCUCAUUGGCGAUCCCAUAAGCUGCAUCAACGAUGGCUCCAUACCGAUGCAUGUGAUCAACACAUUCUGCUGGAUCACCUACACGUUCACGAUACCCGGACAACAGCACAGGCAGAUUGGUACGGAUGUCGCCGGACCGGGAUUGGGGAAUGAAUAUGGCCAGGAGAAGCGCUAUCACAGCUACUAUCAGUGGGUGCCAUUUGUGCUGUUCGCUCAGGGUCUCAUGUUCUAUAUUCCCCAUUGGAUUUGGAAGAACAUGGAGGACAAUAAGAUCCGCAUGAUAACUGAUGGCUUGCGUGGAAUGGUCAGUGUCCCAGACGACUAUCGUCGGGAGCGGCAGGAUCGCAUCCUCAAGUACAUUGUGAAUAGCUUGAAUACCCACAAUGGCUACUCGUUUGCCUACUACAUCUGCGAGCUGCUGAACUUUGUGAAUGUGAUUGUCAACAUCUUCAUGGUGGAUAAAUUUCUGGGCGGUGCUUUCAUGUCCUACGGCACGGAUGUGGUCAAGUUCUCUAACAUGGAUCAGGAUAAACGCUUCGAUCCGAUGAUUGAGAUAUUCCCAAGACUCACCAAAUGCACAUUCCGUAAAUUUGGUCCCAGUGGCUCUCUACAGAAGCACGACACGCUCUGUGUGCUGGCUCUGAAUAUUCUCAACGAGAAGAUUUAUAUAUUUUUGUGGUUCUGGUUCAUUAUUUUGGCCACCAUUUCGGGCGUGGCUGUGCUCUAUUCAUUGAUGGUGAUCAUGAUGCCCACCACCCGUGAGACGAUCAUCAAGCGCUCGUACCGCUCUGGUCAGCGCAAGGAAAUUGCUGGUCUUGUCAGGCGCUUGGAGAUUGGUGACUUCCUGAUCUUGCAUUUCCUUAGCCAGAAUCUCAGCACGCGAUCCUAUUACGAUAUGCUGCAGCAGUUGUGCAGCCUUCUUGGUGCCUCACGCACUCCAUCGGCCCCAUCGACACUGGAAAUGAAUCCCAUCAGCCAUCCCAUCUAUCCGCCAGUACAGAAUUUUGCCGGCGGCAAGGAGACGGAGACAUAAGACGGAGGACUCUCCCAAGCAAACGGAGUGACGCUUCUGAACAAUGAUUUCAAUGAUUUCUCAAUAAUAUUUCUAGGCAGAAGAGAGUGAGUGAAAGGAGGAAAAGAGAGUCGAGUCGAGUCGUGUGUCGUGUCGUGUUCGUGUUUCCAUAUUUAGAACUAGAACUAAGACUGUUUCGAGCUACUUUUUGGAUGAAUCAAUUAAAUAAUAAUUUUAUGCGAAAUUAACAUAUAGCAAAAUUGAAUGAAAUUACAUUUUUAAGUGACAGGUGCAGACACACAGAUAUCAAAGAUAACUUGUAUCUUGAUACAUAAAGAGACAGAGAUAAAGAGUGCAAUUUGUAGGUUGAAGAGUGAAGGAGAAUGAUGGUAGAUUUGAUGUGGAGCUUAAGAGUUCCCAUCGCUAACAAUGAUGCGCCAUUUAAAUAUACAUUUAAGUUUAACAAUUAGAUCGAUUCCAUACAGAAGAUAAAAGAACAGAAGUAUCAGCUACAUUUAUCGCUCACGCACGCUCACGAAACGUUGAUCUAUUCCAUAUUACAAAUUGUAGUAAUCGAAUGAUAUAUGAUAUGAUAUGCAUACAUAUAUGAUGAGUAUAUAUGCAAUGCUCUCGCUAUUUUGUCCUAACAUUUAGUCUACAAAAAUAUAUAUCGUUAAUUUUAAGGAAUUUUGUUUAUAACAAAAUUAUUGUGAUUAUUGCUAGAAAAGAACACAUUUUACAUAAAAGAAACAAAAGCAAAAGAGAACCCAAGAAAGCGCUAUCCCAAGUUCAAAGUUGUAAUAAAUAUUCUAUAUACAAUUUCAGACAAA